UUGUGUGUGAAAAUGGAGCCGAGCAGCCCGAAGAGGAUCCAGUUCACCGUCCCGCCUCUACAGGAGCAGCUGGACCCUCAGGCCGCGGAACAAAUCCGACGCAGAAGACCCACUCCCGCUACGCCCUACCAGGUCCACAGAUCGACUCCAACAGACCCUCCACAGUCGUCCAUCAGACCCUCGCAGACGCCGAGCAGCUCCGAGAGCAAGAGCCGCGAGCACAGCCCCCCGUCCGUGAAAGAUUUUUCCUGUGACGUGCAGAAGGAGCUGUCCAGUCCUGGAUCUGUCUCCAGAUAGAAACCUGUUUGUUCCGUUACAUAAUAAGACCUCACUGUUUGACUGUGAGGCCAGUGAUUCUCAAACGGUUCAGUCCACGUACGGACAAAGACUCUGAAAUCUGGACUUUAUCAGGACCAAAUUAGACCAAAUCUGGACUCAAAUCAGACUAAACCAGGUCUAAGAUAAGACUAAAAACCCCAGGAUCAUGUAAAGGGUUAAUAUGAACAUUUAAGACCAAAAUGAGUCUGAAGCAGCAGAGACAGAGAGAGGAGACAGUUUAUCAAUAGAAAGUGAAUUGAAGCCAGAGUCGAUGGAGCAGGAAGUGCGCCAUGAUCACUUCCUGUUUGGAACGUGGCGGUGGCAGCAGGUUAGCGAUGUCCAUUUAUAUAAACAGGUCGUGUCUCACUUCGUCGGCUGCAUUUGAAAGACACUUACGUCACUUCCGGCGCAACGAGGCCUGUCCCGUUUCACGCACCGACGAACGCGACCGACAAAUGUGCCCUGCGUUUCCAUGGAGAUCAGCCGUGAACAAAACUUGUAUCUCCGUGUAACUUCAUGCACGUCUUCUUUUACGGGAGAAAUAAGGUGUAUUUUCAUAAAGUUGUGUAAUACUCGCUACAAUUGGGAAAAAAAUCACGUUUAACAUUAUAUUUGUCUGUUGAUAUUCAAAGGGAAACGUUAAUUCCUCACUUCAUUCAAUCUAAACGGUUGUGACGAUGACGACGACGACACCUCGACUCUUCUUCAAUUAAAUAAUAAAUAAUUAAAAGUAAAACUAAUUAUUUCACAGUCUGUUUUACACCUUUAUCUCAUUAGCAGCUGUCACAUAAACGGCGUAGCGUGAGCGCACAGACGGCAGCUCCGCGGCACAGACUGUUUCGCCCUUCGUGGUCGACGGACGCCACACAGAAGAGCAGCUCGUGAGUCCGGUCCUUUGAACGCCGCUUCGACUGGAGCGGAGCAAACGUAACACCGCUGUUUAAAAAGUGGACUGAGUGACGUCGCUCGUAGUUUAGCCGCUGGUUUAACAGGGAGCGGGCGCUUAGCAACGCUGUCAAUCAAACCUGUCGCUAACGCUAACAGGAGCGACCUCGGGGAAAGAAGGACCUGAUUUGUCUGUUAUUAAUGUUCAGAUCUUGAUUUACAGACACAAUAGUGAAAUAAAAACUCAUCAUGGAGCAGGAAGUGCGCCCAUGAUCACUUCCUGUUUGUAACACGCGGCUAACGGGUUAGCUAUGUCCAUUUAUAUAAACAGUCUCUGCAUAACAGUCAAACUUUAAUUGUCAUUAUUUUAGGCGUCUGAAAUGAGAUUCUCUAAAUAAAACAAACUGCAGAUGGGCUCAUGCACCACCAGGGGGCGCACCACAGUUUGAGAAACACUGGUCUGUGGGAAACGAGAAGAAAAGUGAGACGUUUAACUGUAAAUAAUGUGCCUCCUUUUUAUCCCUGAAACGACCCGACAUGUUUCACAAAGUCUAACGCGUGUUUCAGACGUGAACACGAAGCUUUAGAUCACGGUUCACCUGCACCUGUCAAUCAACACCUGUCAAUCAACACCUGUCAAUCAAAAGGCUGUUUUCAGUUUCUCUUUCAUGACUUCAGCUCAUCACAGGCUCUAAAAUGACUUUCAUAUGAUUUGAGGAGUUAUUUUCUCCAGGUUUGUGGAAACAUCCUGAAUAAAGUUUACAAGUUCAAACUUUGACUUUGAGCAAAACAAAAAUAAACAAAAAUAAAUCCACAAAAUUCAUUAGAAAAACUAAGAAAUGGAUUUGUGUUUCUGUUGAACAAAAUGUAUCAUUUUAAAAUCUACAUCUCCACAUUUACACUUCAACAAAUGAACAAUGUGUGAAAUACUUUUACUUUUUACUCUUAAAGUACAUUUUACUAGGACUUUACUUAAAGUACUUGAAUACUUUUACUCCAGUAGAUUUUUUCAUGUGAUACUUUUACUUGAGUAACUUUACCUCUGUAUCUGUACUUUUACUUUUACUCGAGUAACUUUACCUCUGUAUCUGUACUUUUACUUUUACUCGAGUAACUUUACCUCUGUAUCUGUACUUUUACUUUUACUCGAGUAACUUUACCUCUGUAUCUGUACUUUUACUCGAGUACCACAGUGGAGUACUUCUUCCUCUGUUCUGUUAAAUGUUUAGUGUAAAUGAAACUUCAAUAAAACUCUAAAACAUG